GUGUUAAUACUGCAAAGAAACGGAAGACAAAGAAUGGUGUGCACAUUUUCGUACGCUUGCGCGCGCAUCUUCCUUUCCCCCGGCGCAAGACGCGGCGUGACUAGCUUGAAUUGCAAUCGCUCAGUUUUGUUGAGGUUUUUUGGCGACGACAGCAAGAUGGGCAGGCCAAGAGUAUUUUUUGAUAUGAAAGCCGAUGGCAGAGAUAUUGGAAGAAUAACUUUCGAGUUGUACAGUGAUGUUGUCCCCAAGACAGCUGAAAAUUUCCGUGCACUGUGCACUGGUGAGAAGGGAUUUGGCUAUAAAAAUUCUUCUUUCCACCGGGUUAUACCACAGUUCAUGUGCCAGGGAGGUGAUUUCACAAGAGGUGAUGGAACAGGAGGCAAAAGUAUUUACGGCAACAAAUUUGAGGAUGAAAAUUUUAAACUGAAGCACACCAAGCCAGGUCUGUUGUCUAUGGCGAAUGCUGGGCCCAACACCAAUGGGUCUCAGUUCUUCAUUACAACUGUAGUCACUUCAUGGCUGGAUGGGAAACACGUGGUAUUUGGUGAGGUGGUUGAAGGCAUGGAUAUUGUGAAGUCGAUUGAGACUUAUGGAUCUCAGUCUGGCAAGACCUCCAAAAAGAUAACAGUUGCAAACUCUGGCCAAUUGUAAACAUUUGCAGUAUGUCAUUACAUUUGUAGUACAGUAAAUUUUGAAUAAUCAUUGUACAUUUUCAGCCACAAUGUUCCUUUUUGUAUUUUGGAUCAGUUUUAGAUUUUGUUAGUGUAACCAAUGAUUUUCAAGUAUACUGUUUACAUACCAGGUACAUCUCAAACUUGUUUAAAAAAAAAAGUAUAAAAUACAUGACAAAGUCGUGCAAUUUGGUUUUUACUCCCUUUGAACUUGACAUUUCAUACAGAAAAUAAAUCCAUGCAUUAUAAUCAAAUUCUUAAAGACCUAAGAAGUUCUGUUGUGCAAAAUAUUUCAGUCAAGCAGGAGAAAAUUGCAGGUAUUUUGCAUUUAAAGAUUUUUUUAUGCUUGGUAAACACCUGGACAAUGAAACAGUGAACAAAUAAAGAAUGCUGCAUCAGCAAAAUAAUUUCUUUCUGGUCACUUUUACUCUAAAAACUGCUUUUAGAAAGAAUGUAUGGAUGCAACCUUUCAGUUCAGUUCACAAUAAAAUAAUGCCUGCAAAGAC